GCACGCACAGGCAGCGUGCGCUGCUUUUCUUUUUUUCCCUGCAGGCUUUUUUGACCCCUGAAUAUCCAGGGGUUAAAAUAACCCAUGAAAAAAAGCGGAGCGGUGACACAUGGGCAGCACACCCCUGAAGUGCAGAAAGCUCCUGACUGUUCUGUGUGUAGCGCUGCAGACGUGUUGGUGGCGCCACAUACUGCAUGGCUGCGCUUGUUGUCUCUGUCGUUUACCAGUUUGAAGCAGAAGCUGGGUAGAGAGAAGCAUGCUGGAAACAAUAGAUACACAAAGGGCCCUCCAGGCAGUGGAACGCCUGCAGGCAAAAUUACGGGAACGAGGUGACACAGCAAAUGAGGAGAAACUGAACUUACUUAAGUCAGUGCUGCAGAGCCCUCUCUUCAACCAGAUUCUGAACCUUCAGACUUCUGUUCAGCAGCUGAGAGAUCAGGUAAAUGUUGCACCUACCAUCCAUUCAGCUGGUGCAUUUCCACAGCUCCUCCAUCAUGGUGCUAGUGUGGGUUCCUUGCCACAUAAUGAAUCCUAUUUACUGGCCCAGCAGAAUGGCAGCCCAGCUAAUGUUCUAGAUGCCUCAGUGAGAUCUACUACUCCUCAGAUUAAUGGAAAAUCCUCUAGUGAUGAUGUGGAGCAAAUGAUCAGAAAUAUGUCACAGGGUCGCCUCAUUGAGACCAUAGAUCUUGUUAAACCUCUAAGUGGUGGCUUGGGCUUUAGUGUUGUCGGAUUGAAGAGUGAAAACAGAGGGGAACUGGGAAUAUUUGUGCAGGAGAUUCAAGAGGGAAGUGUGGCACAUAGAGAUGGAAGGCUGAAGGAAGCCGAUCAAAUCCUUGCUAUUAAUGGACAAGCCCUUGAUCAGACAAUUACACAUCAGCAGGCUAUCAGCAUCCUACAGAAAGCGAAAGAUAAUGUCCAGCUAGUUGUGGCCAGGGGCUCAUUCCCUCAGCUCAUCAGUCCUGUAGUUUCCCGAUCUCCAUCUGCUGCUAGCACAGUCUCAGCCCAUUCUAACCCGGUCCAUUGGCAACACGUGGAAACUAUUGAAUUGGUGAAUGAUGGAUCAGGUCUGGGAUUUGGGAUAGUGGGAGGAAAGUCAACAGGAGUGAUAGUUAAAACCAUCCUUCCUGGAGGAGUAGCUGAUCGGCAUGGAAGGUUAUGCAGUGGAGACCAUAUUCUGAAAAUUGGCGAUACAGAUCUGAGUGGCAUGAGUAGUGAGCAAGUGGCCCAAGUUCUGAGACAGUGUGGAAAUCGAGUGAAGCUGGUCAUUGCAAGAGGUCCCAUGGAGGAACCACCUCCACCAGCAGUCCCACCAGGCACCCCUAUACCAACAUCCAUGUUUGAGAAACAGGCAGAGAAGACUGCUGAUAGCUAUGAAGAUGGUGAGAAAUUUGAUGUGGAGCUGACUAAAAACAUCCAAGGAUUAGGAAUAACUAUUGCUGGUUACAUUGGAGAGAAAACUUCAGAACCUUCAGGUAUCUUUGUGAAAAGUAUUACAAAAGGCAGUGCUGUUGAACAUGAUGGUAGAAUCCAUGUUGGAGAUCAAAUCAUAGCUGUGGAUGGCACAAAUCUUCAGGGUUUUACCAACCAGCAGGCAGUAGAGGUUUUGCGUCACACGGGACAAACAGUUCGACUCACUUUGGUCAGAAGAGGGCUAAAACAGGAAAAUCACAUUCAGUCCCAUGAGGACAGCAGUGCAGCUGUUCAAAAGGACAUAAUGUUCCAAACAAUGAAUAAUGGCACUGAUAAAGAACCUUGUGAAAGUGAGCAGGGAUCUUCAUCAUUGGCAUGCAUUGCCAGUACAGUAAACAUCAAAGAGGACAUUAAACAGCAAGAAUCAGGUUUCCAGAUAACUUCCACAGAGGAAGCAGCACUGAAGAAUAAAUGGCAGAGGAUCAUGGGUUCAAGUUAUGAAAUUGUGGUGGCUGAAGUUAGCAAAUCUAGUGAAAAUAGUGGGUUAGGGAUAAGCUUGGAAGCUACAGUAGGACAUCAUUUCAUCCGAUCUAUUCUACCGGAAGGACCAGUCGGACGAAGUGGCAAGCUUUUUAGUGGAGAUGAGCUGUUGGAAGUGAAUGAAAUAUCUUUGCUUGGUGAAAAUCACAAAGAUGUAGUCAAUAUUUUAAAAGAAUUGCCUGUUAAGGUGAAAAUGGUUUGCUGCCAUCCAGUAGCUGCACUUCUCAGUCUCCCAGAGUUGGAUAGUCUAAGUCUCUCUGAGGUUCAGCUCAUAGAAAAGCCUCAUGUAGACCUUGGUGAAGCCAUUGGUUCUUCAGAGACAGAGGGUCCUGAUUUGAAAAUGGCUGAUAUGGGUCAGAAUACUGAGGAGGUACAAGGAUCUCCUUUGGCAAUGUGGGAAACAGAAGUACAGCAGAUUGAAUUGGGGAAAGGAAACAUGGGACUUGGAUUUAGCAUCCUAGAUUACCAGGAUCCAGUGGACCCCGCAAACACAGUGAUUGUAAUCCGCUCGUUAGUUCCUGGUGGUGUUGCUGAACAAGAUGGCAGACUUCUUCCUGGUGAUCGGCUUAUGUUUGUUAAUGAUGUCAACUUGGAAAACGGCAGCCUGGAGGAAGCUGUACAAGCACUGAAAGGAGCACCAGCAGGGACAGUUAGAAUAGGCGUUGCCAAACCAUUACCUCUUUCGCCAGAAGAGGGUUAUGUUUCAGCUAAGGAAGAUUCCUUUUACUACACUGCCCAGUCACUCGAGGAGGAAGGGCCAGCUGAUGCAGCCCUCUUCCAUGCUGAGCUGGCUCUGGUGGACUCCAGUGAGGCAGAUCUUGUGGAUGAAUCUACCUUUGAAUCACAGUAUUCUCCCAACAAUGAUGAUACCUUCCAGGCUUCUAUAUUAGCUCUGCAUGGUAGUGCUUGUAGUGAUGAUUUGAACUAUAACCUCUCUCUUCCAUCAUCAACUCCCAAGGGUGUUGGAGAAGAAUCUUCAAAUGCCUCAGUUGAUUUCCAAAUGUCCAGCAAGAGUUCAAACAACAUGGAUCUCGUCCAGAGAGGGACAGAGAACAAAACCUCAGUGAAGAUAAACCUAGAACCUGCUCUUGCUUUUGCAAAAAAGGAUUUCCUACCUUCAGACAUUCCUGAGAAACAGGCUGGAUUUGAAAACACAACUGAAUGGACCAAGCCAGAGAGAGCCACUGAAAUGACACAAAAUUCCAGCCUCACUACCACAGUUGACUUGGACCUCUCUGGAAAAGUUGCAGUACCAUUAAUGGAAAAGAGCUAUCCAACAUCUACUGGGGAAAAUUCCACAAUUCAAAGUAUUGCCAAACACAUGUAUGAGAAAACUAUAACUAUUGCAAAAGGCAAUUCAAGUCUAGGGAUGACUGUAAGUUCCAAUAAAGAUGGCUCAGGAAUGAUAGUCCGUAGCGUCAUCCAUGGUGGUUCCAUAAGCCGUGAUGGACGAAUUGGUGUAGGGGACUGCAUUCUCUGUAUUAAUGAAGAAUCAACCACUAAUUUGACAAAUGCACAAGCCCGGGCUAUGCUAAGGAGACAUUCGCUCAUUGGACCUGAAAUAAAAUCUUCUCCAGCACCUGCUGAUGAUCAGGCCCCCUUUUAUGUUAUUACCUAUGUGCCAGCAGAACAGUUGGAAGAGUACAGAGCUAGUUUGGGAGAACAGCCAGAGGGAACUAUGCCUUUUGACCUCUUCUCUUCACAUACUGUCAGCAGAGAUCUUCCAGAACUUCCAGAACGAGAAGAAGGGGAGGGAGAGGAAAGUGAACUUCAGAAUGCAGCUUAUAGUAAUUGGAACCAGCCCAGACGGGUUGAGCUUUGGAGAGAACCUAGCAAGUCACUGGGUAUCAGCAUUGUUGGUGGCCGAGGGAUGGGGAGCCGCUUGAGCAAUGGUGAAGUUAUGAGGGGAAUCUUUAUCAAACACAUUCUUGAAGACAGUCCUGCUGGCAAAAAUGGAACCUUGAAAACUGGAGAUAGAAUAGUGGAGGUGGAUGGAAUUGACCUCAGAGAUGCAAGCCAUGAACAAGCUGUGGAAGCCAUACGGAAGGCAGGCAACCCUGUAGUCUUUAUGGUACAGAGCAUUAUAAACAGAACAAGGCCAGAAUCUCUCUAUAAUUCAUCAUCAUCCUCUGCUCACAGUGGGCAGAAAACUACUAACCCAUUUUACCAUCAGUCAUCUCAGGCAUCCAGUCAGUCAGAAUCAGAACCAGAAAAGACUUCAUUUUGUAAUUUGCCUUUGCCACCUCCUUCAGCCUUUUCAGGAAUGAGCUAUGAUAUUGCACAGUUAUCUUCCAGCAAAGUCCCAGAGGAUACAGAUAAGGAGGAUGAGUUUGGUUACAGCUGGAGAAAGAUAACACAACGUUAUGGAAAUCUGCCAGGAGACCUUCAUAUGAUAGAGUUGGAAAAAGGAAAAGCUGGCUUGGGACUUAGUCUUGCUGGCAACAAAGACCGAUCUAGGAUGAGUGUCUUUGUAGUGGGAAUUGAUCCAAAUGGAGCAGCUGGAAAAGAUGGCAGGUUGCAGAUUGCAGAUGAGUUACUUGAAAUAAAUGGACAAAUUCUCUAUGGAAGAACUCAUCAGAAUGCCUCAUCUAUAAUCAAAUGCGCACCAUCAACAGUAAAAAUCAUAUUUAUCAGAAAUAAAGAUGCAGUGAAUCAAAUGGCUGUUUGCCCUGGGAAAUCAAUAGAAUCUUCACCUUCCACUUCAGGGGCUCUUCAGAGUCAAGAGAAAGAAUCAAGUCCUACAAAUCUUGUUACAGCAGUAGAUUUGAGUUCAUAUAAAAAUGUUCAGCAUGUCGAACUUCCUAAGGAUCAGGGGGGAAUUGGUAUUGCCAUCAGUGAAGAAGACACAAUUAAUGGAGUAGUUAUUAAGAGCUUAACUGAUCAUGGGACAGCAGCAAAGGAUGGACGGAUUAAAGUCGGGGAUCAGAUACUGGCAGUGGAUGAUGAAGCAGUUGUGGGCUAUCCCAUAGAAAAGUUUAUCAGUCUGUUGAAGACAUCAAAAACUACAGUGAAGCUUAUGGUCAACUCGCCUGACCAUGACAGUCAAAUAGCACCACCACCACUUCCCAGUGCUACCACAGGUGAGCCGAAGAGCCUUCAGCAACCAGUGAUGGUUCUACCUUCUGGGUCGCUGGAAUCAGAGACAGUUAAAAAUACAAGCAGGUCUUCCACUCCAGCCACAUUAGCCUCUGACCCAGCUACCUGUCCAAUCAUCCCAGGAUGUGAAACAACCAUUGAUAUCUCCAAAGGACGCACUGGUCUUGGGCUGAGCAUUGUAGGGGGAGCAGACACCUUAUUGGGAGCAAUCAUUAUUCAUGAGGUGUAUGAAGAAGGAGCAGCAUCCAAAGAUGGAAGGCUCUGGGCUGGGGAUCAGAUUUUGGAGGUGAAUGGGAUUGAUCUGAGGAGUGCCACACAUGAUGAAGCAAUAAAUGUUCUCAGACAGACACCCCAAAAAGUCCGUCUCACUGUGUACAGAGAUGAAGCCCAGUACAAGGAAGAAGAUAUGUAUGAUGUUCUCAAUAUAGAGUUGCAAAAGAAGCCAGGCAAAGGCCUUGGAUUGAGUAUUGUUGGGAAAAGAAAUGAUACUGGGGUGUUUGUGUCAGACAUUGUCAAAGGAGGAAUAGCAGAUGCAGAUGGGAGACUGAUGCAAGGAGAUCAGAUAUUAAUGGUGAAUGGAGAAGAUGUUCGAAAUGCUAACCAGGAGGCUGUUGCUGCUUUGUUAAAGUGUUCCUUAGGUACUGUGAGACUAGAAGUUGGAAGAAUAAAAGCUGGUCCAUUCCAUUCAGAGAGGAGAACAUCUCAGAGCAGCCAGGUGAGUGAAGGAAGUGGCAGCCUGUCAUCAUUCAGCUUCCCAGUUUCUAGCUCCAGCCCACCUGAGGCCUUUGAAAGUGGUCUGAAGAAGAAUGCCACUUCUGAAAUACAGGGACUGAGAACAGUUGAAAUAAAAAAGGGCCCCGCAGAUUCCUUAGGAGUGAGCAUUGCUGGAGGAGUGGGGAGUCCCCUGGGAGAUGUUCCCAUAUUUAUUGCCAUGAUGCAUCCCGAUGGAGUUGCAGCCCAGACUCAGAAACUCAGGGUCGGGGAUAGGAUUGUUAGCAUUUGUGGAACAUCCACUGAGGGCAUGACUCACUCCCAAGCUGUCAGUCUGUUGAAAAAUGCUUCAGGCACUAUUGAAUUACAGGUGGUGGCAGGAGGAGAUGUAAGUGUCAUAACAGGUCAGCAACAGGAUCCACCUACUUCCAGUCUCUCAUUUUCAGGAUUAACAUCAAGUAGCAUCUUCCAGGAUGAUUUAGGACCCCCUCAGUAUAAAACGAUUACUCUGGAUCGAGGACCGGAUGGUCUGGGCUUUAGCAUUGUGGGAGGAUUUGGCAGCCCCCAUGGAGAUUUACCUAUUUAUGUUAAGACUGUAUUUGCAAAGGGAGCAGCAGCAGAAGAUGGCCGUCUGAAGAGGGGGGAUCAAAUCAUUGCUGUCAACGGGCAAAGCUUAGAAGGGGUGACCCAUGAAGAAGCAGUUGCUAUUCUAAAAAGGACAAAAGGAACCGUCACUCUGACUGUUCUGUCGUGAAGGGUCACAAUACGAUCAACCAGAUUACACUAUCUACAUUCCAUAAAGCAAAGACAAUGGACAUGUUUAUGUAGCCCUUUUGCUAUUUCAGCUUCACCAGGGUAUGUUACAUCACUGAAGAAAAACAACACUUAAUCAUAUUUUUGUAUACAAUAGAAGUAUUUGUCUUACUGUCAAACCACUGGGAUGAGUUUAUGUAGUUUUUCAUUAUUAUUAUUAUAAUAAUUAUUAUUAUUAUUAUUGUAACGAAUACUUGUAAUCCACAAGAAAAUGAAUGUUUGUGUUAGAAACCACAUUGCAAAACUGGAAUGUUUUGCAAAGAGUGUUUGAAUAUUUGAGAUAUGUUGGGAAAAUAUGUUUUCAAAAAGAAAGUUGUCAAAUCAGUGAAGAGAGAGGCAAUAUUUAAAGACCAGAGAUGUGGAAAGGAGAAAUAGCGACCAAAAGAAGUAAAGUUGGAUAGAAUUUGGGAAAGUUGUAGGCAGAUGCUUAAGCUGUCUGGAGGGCCAGUUAUUCAUUCCACAAUGCUUUUUUGUGUCAAGAAAGUGGUUUUUUUAAGCAAUAUUUGGAACAGGCUUUUAGUUUGGUUUGGAGAUUCUUUUGUUCUCAGGGGCAGAAACAUCCACUUAGCAGUGGUGACUAGGUACAUGAGGGAGCCCUAUAGCUGCAGUGUUCAAAGAAUUUAACCUUUUUUUUAAUGAAGUUUCUAGCCUUUGUAGGUAUGAAGAAAACCCUUUCAAAGGAACUGAAGACCACCCUUUCCUAAGACUGUAGGCAGACAGCUUCAGUAUCACCACCCUACUGUGGAGAGCUUCUCCAGGUGGCAGCAUUAACCAUUCUGGUCAAUUCCAUUGAUUCAUUUCAGAGCCCUGCGGAGAGCAGUGAAACUGGAGAUCAAAAAGUCAAUUUCAAGUUGCUACUGCUGUUCUAAGUGGCAGAAGAACUGGCCCCAUCCAUCCAUGGAUGGAUCAAAGAAUAGUGUUGGCAGAGAGUGGAGUAGUGAAGAUACCCUUAACAGAUGAGAAUAAGAAUAAGGAGAAUGCUGGAGGUCUCCUCUUUGCCUCCCUCAGAGUCAGAAACUUUUAGAAGGAGAAAAGAUGAUGGGAGAGAAAUGUGUCCCUUUCCACUUCUAGAGGCUGGAAGGAUUACUAAUUUAUCAGACACUUGCAAGCCAGAGCCUAAUUUAAGAUGGACCCUUGUGUAAAAUCAAAUGACAACACCACCCCUCCGCCUCUUGCCCUCCCAGGCCAGUACAUAUACCAGCACCCUCUAUUUCCCAGUAGCUGAACUUCCCAGUCGCACGUUGUUCAUAGAGAUUGCUUGUGGAUCUUCUCUCUGGCUGGUAAGUAUCUGCAAAAUUAUUCAAAGCCCAUUUGUGAUUUAUGUUGUGACCAAACAAAAAGUGUUAUUAAAACUUCUGGAGAGAAAAAAUAUUGUCCAGGGGCAUGUGAGCAGUGGUAUACCUGUUAGCUGGUGUGUUGUGUACUGCAUACUUUCAUAUAGCUGCAAGACCCCUGUAUUGAUCAGCAACAGGUUUAUAGCCACUAGUUACAGUGUUUUGUUGUUGAUUUUUGAAAUGGAGACAACAGUCCAAUUGUGUUAGAGAAAUAUGCAAGAACACAAGUAGCAUUCACUUUAAUGAGAGAAAAACAGUGUUAGAAACGUUUGAGAGAGAAUAUUAGCAAACUGAUAGCUAAAUCUAAGUCUAUUAACUAAAAAAAAUACCCCGUUCCAUUUAAUUAAUUAUUUUAGAAGUUACAACGGAAUAGGCAAAGACUAAGGAAAAACAGAUGGUACCAUAACUUGAAGCAACUGGUGACAAAUUAUUAUUCUGUAGUUAUUCCCAGUUUAGUGUGUGAAACGCCUACAUAGAGUAUGUAAAGUCAUUUUAAAUAUGAUUUAUAUUUGUAACAGAAGUAGUGUACAGAUAUUUUAUUACUGCCUUUGUGUCUAAAUGCAGGAUUUAAGUGAAUAAAUAUGAAGCUAUCUGUGAUAAAUGAAUAAAGUUGCAGGUGUAUCUGUGUUUUCUUA